CGCAUGCGUGCGCGCGUGCGCGCCGCCGCCGUCUGUGGGUUGGCUGGUGAUUUUGCAAGCGGGAGGGGCCGUGCGCGCUCUUGCCUCAGGCCUCUGUCCCCCACCCCCUUCGCCGGUACCGGUCUCUUCUUCGGAAAGAUGUCGGACACGGCAGUGGCUGACACUCGGCGCCUUAACUCGAAGCCUCAGGACCUGACCGAUGCUUACGGGCCGCCAAGUAACUUCCUGGAGAUAGACAUCUUUAAUCCACAGACGGUGGGCGUGGGCCGCGCGCGCUUCACCACCUAUGAGGUUCGCAUGCGGACAAACCUACCCAUCUUCAAGCUGAAAGAAUCCUGUGUACGGCGACGCUACAGUGACUUUGAGUGGCUGAAAAAUGAGCUGGAGCGCGAUAGUAAGAUUGUAGUACCACCACUGCCUGGGAAAGCCUUGAAGCGGCAGCUCCCUUUUCGAGGAGAUGAAGGAAUCUUUGAGGAAUCUUUCAUUGAAGAAAGGAGGCAGGGCCUCGAACAGUUUAUUAACAAAAUUGCUGGGCACCCACUGGCUCAGAAUGAACGCUGUCUACACAUGUUCCUGCAGGAGGAGGCAAUUGAUAGGAACUACGUCCCCGGGAAGGUGAUUGUGAUAUUAGAAGCAUGACAGAACAGAUUGCUAAAAGGGGCUGCAGAGAUGGCUCAGAGCUCUGAUUGCUGUUCCAGAGGACCUGGGUUCAAUUCCCAGCAACCACAUGGCAGCUCACAACUGUCUGUAAUUCCAGUUCCAGGGGACCUGACACCCAUGGCAAAACAUCAGUGCACAUAAAAUAAAA